AUGAGUUUAAUAUUUUAAGGAGCGCUUAGUUUUAUAAAAAAAGCUGAAAUAUGCAAAAAAAAUAAUUAAGAUGUCGAAAUAGGUAGAGGAGGAUAUGGAGUUGUAUACAAAGGUUAAAUAUUAAUUCAAUAAAAAAAUCUACCUGAUAAAUUAGUAGAUGUUGCUUUAAAAAGAGUUCAAAUACCAAAAAGCAAAGAUUAACGAACAAGAAUGAUUGAGUUAAUAAAAAGAGAAUUAUCUGUUUUUAAAUCGGUUAAAUCUCCACAUAUUGUAAAAUUAUAUGGAACCAAUCAAAUUGUUUAAAAAAACAAAUUAGAAGAACUAGAUUUUAUUGAAUUUUAUUUAGAAUAUUGUGAAGGCAAUUUAGCCGAUUUAAUUGUCGAUCAAGAGAAAUGGGUUGAUGUACCAUUUUCUGAGGAAAAAGCUUCAGAAAUUUUUGAUCAACUAUUAGAAGUAGAAUUCUUACUCUAAAAAUCAAUAUUUAUGAGAUCAAGUACACUGUUUGAGGGUUUGUAUCAUAGGGAUAUUAAUUUAAAAAACAUAUUGUAUAAAAAAAAAAAGCAUAAAAUACAAGUUAAAGUUUGUGAUUUUGGUAUUUCCCAAUACAUCAAAAGCGAAACGACCGCUCAUAUGGGAACAGAAGUAAAUAUUUUAUUUAAUUCUAGUCUUUUAUGAGUCCAGAAAAUAAAACCAAUUAAGUUUAUGAUUUAGAAAAAAAUGAAACAUGGUCUCUAGGCCUUUUGUUAUUUUGUUUACUAAAAGGAAUUAGAUUUUAUCAAAAUAAUCAAGUAAUUUUCUACAAUAAAACAAAUGAGCAUCAUUAAUUAAUAAAAGAUAUGAAAAUCAAUCAAUACACGAAAGAAUUAUUGAUAAACUUAUUAUAGUAUGAUCCUGAUAAAAGAUGGGGAUAUUCUGACAUUAAAAAAUCAGAAUGGUAUUACCUAAAUGGUUCAAAGAAAGUUAAAAAAUUAGAAAAAAUAUCACCUAUUCUAAGGUUAAGGUAAAAUUAUUUUCAUGAACUUACUCGUCAAUUGAUAGAAUAUGAAAUUCAAAUUAAUAAUGCAUAACUUGGAUUGGAAUUUUAAAUUCCUUAAGAAUUAUUAUUAAUAACAAUCAAAAAUUAUGAAUUUUGGUCAUAAAAAUAAUUAGAAAAAUACAGUGGAACUUAUGCAUAUGAAUACUUUGAUGAAUAUGAUGAUGAAGAAACAUAAAAACUAUUCAAGCAAUAAAUGUAAAAACAAGAAUACUAAUUAAUAACAAUUACAAAAUAACUCAAUGAUUUCUUUAUUUAUAUUAAAUAUGGUGAAUAAAGGCUAAAGAUUAAGUAAGAUGAAGUAUUAAAAUCAAUAGUAGAGUAUUGGAUCAAAGUUUUAGGAGACAACUCUUCAUGCAUCUCUACUUUCAAACCAGAUACACUAUUUUAUUAUUUGAAUUAUUUAAAGGAGAUAUAAUAAAAACUAGUUAGUUAAUUCUCAAUAUUGCCAAUUAAUAAUAACGAAAUUCAACAAUUAAGGGAUAAAUUAUAUAAAUCAAUAACAGAAUCGACAAAUAUAUUAAAAAAAUUUGAAGAAGCAUUUGAAAAAUUCUAAUAGGCGUAGGAGAAUGAAUCGUAAUAAUAAUUUUCUGUUAUUUCAUUAAAAGAAACAAUUAAUGUAAAUAAAAAUCAAAUUAAAUUGGAAGAAAAUGAUACAAGUUUGAAUCAAUUGCAGCUUUCAGUGUAGGAAUAUCAAUAAUAAAUAGAAGAAUGCUAAGCUAAGAUUAAUAAAAAAAAAAAUCAAUUAUAACUUCUAGAUGAUAGAGAAAAAAAAAAAACUGUAUUAAAAACAUUAGAGGAAAUAUAAAAAUUAUUUGAUCAAUUUUUUAGAUGGAAACAUCAAAAAAACUUUGAGGAACAUCUAAAGAGUACAAAUUGA